CGGUUUGUAGCGCGCGUUGACUUCCAAAGCACGUGGUUUGAAGUUUUAGUUGUGAGCCAGACAGCAUAGCGGUAAGACGUUUUCCCUACCGCUCAGUUUCUUUUUACUGUUUUUAUUUUUGGUUUGAAUGACAUGUCUGACACAAUACUUCGAUACGCAUCGAAAAGCUUGUAAUGCGCAAUUUUCUGUGUUUUCAGCUGGUGACUUUGUGGAAUUUUGAAAAAAUAAUGAUGUGACGAAGAAUUUUUAUAUGGAAAAAUUACCGGAUGCAAACUCCGCAUUAAAUUGUUUUUCAUCCAAAACGCACUGAAUUGAUUCUACGGAAUUAUACGUGUAAAUGGUUAAUAUUUUCAAGUGAGUGCACAAUUCUUUGUGGCUAAUGAGUGAAGUAUAAUAUAUGAUGUUCUAAAAAACUUUAAUUUUUCAUUAUCACAAAAUCUGGAUUUAUUGUUCUUUUCAUUUGCAAAGAAAGGAAUAUUAAUAUAUAAAAACUAAAAAGGCUGAACUGUAAUGUGAUUUAUAAGUUGUAAUUCAAGGGGAGUCAAGUUAUGUUAUGUCCUCAACAUAUUUAUAAAUGAUAUGCAGUUAUUCACGGGAAAUAAAAAGAAUUGUUUUUACCAUCUGUUAACUGAAUGAGAAAAUAUUACCGUAAUAACGCCCAGGAAAUAAAGAUACCUUGGACGUCAUCUUAGUUUUAUAUACAUCCUUACAUAAAUCCUGUUUACUUUGAUUCUACGUAAGAGUGGUCUUCCAACGGAUAUUACACGUGAUAUCUAAGCUCGGAGGAUUAACCGUAUCAAACCUGUGGGUUUACCAGCUGUUUUUGCUGCAGUUUUUCUUGCUUUCAUUGCUGAAACCUGAGGAUGAUUAUCUGAAGAAAAUCAUGAAAAUUAAUCCUACAAGAGGAGAAAGGUUUCCUUCUGGGUGCUGAUCGAGAGGAAUGGGCACAGACAUUCCACUCUGGAUCGGUGGACUUCAGAAGUGGGUGACAGGCGUCACAAAGCAAACAACCUGUGAGGAUAUCAUAAAAGCGGUUCUUUCUACCAACGAGAAUCAUCAUCAUCAUCAUCAUCAUCACUAUAAGAGCGGUGGGAAGUCUCAUCGCGAUCACAAACAUUACGUUAUAGUCGAACGUUGGCACAAAGUGGAAAGACCUCUGGAUCCCCGCUCCCGGCUCCUUAAAGUGUGGAACACUUGGGGUCUGGAGCAAUGUAAUGUCCGGUUUCUUCUAAAGAAGGCACACUAUGCUCAGACUUCGUCAUCGACACCACGAGAUAUCAAAUCUCAUCGUCGGAAGGUAAGCACGAGAUCCGCGAAAACAUGGCAUCCAAGAAAGCUAAGAUCGGAGUCGGAAGACGACGGCAGCGGUGGUUGUUGUUUAGACGACGACGAUCAAUUUCCUGCCACAGAGGAACAACUGAGAAACCUCAUUUCUUCUCAAAACGAAGCCAUUACCGCACAGCUGAAGAGACUGCGAGAAAAAGACGAGGAGAUAGAAGUCAUCGAGACAGAGAUUCACACCCAAAGAAUGCAUCAAAUUGGUGUAAACUAUGUCCUCGAUACAUAUUUAGCUGAGUCUAGCGAAGGCGAUACUAGCAGUUCUAGUGCGUGCAACAACGGUAGUAACACUGGGGACGAAACUGGAAACACUACCAAUACUACCUGUGAUAUUUUGGACCAUUGUAUUGAACUCUAUGAAAAAGUUCUUCAAAUCUGCGACCAAGUACAUCAAGAGGAAUUGACUAUUAAAGAGCUUACACACAAAAUCCAGCAGAGUAUACAGAUGAAAGACAGCAACACAGAGUGUAGAGUUAUUGACGAUAAUCCCGAAAUAGCAUAUGCAGGUCCUGAAAGGUUGGAGGAGAUUUUAAAUCGAACCAAAUACGACAUUGAAAGGUUACUGCGAAUCAAUCAAACUCAACAAUUAACCAUACAACAAAAUGAACAGACGCUUUUGGAUUGCACAAAAAUCAUUCAGGACAAACAUUAUUAUUUACAGCACUUGAAACUAGAUUUGGACAGAUUGGACAAAGAUAAUAUGAGGCUGCAGGAAGAAUUUUCUGCUAUACAAGUCAUUUCAAUGGACAGAAACGUUUCUUGUGAUGUUCCUGAAAAUGGUGACAGUAAUUCGGACACUGGUUUGAGUUCGCUUCACAGUAGCAGUGAUGACGGUGCGAAUGUUCUGGAUACAUUAGUUUAGUGACUGUUUUCUUUGGAUUUAUGUGGUGCACAACUCAAACCUAAUAUGACUGACUGCCACGGAUUUUAAGCAAUUAUUUUUUAUCUGUUUGUUUAUAAGUAUAAUUGUGGUGUAAAAUUAACUUCGUUAUGAAUAGUGGAAACUAUUUCGCUUGUUAUAAGUGUUCAUAUCUUCCAAAGAAGUUUCCAGAUGAUUUAUAUAUAACAUUUUUGCCCUUGAAGUUCUAGCCCAGUGAUAAAAUUCAUUAUUUCUUUUUUCAGCAAUUACCAUUGCGAUAUAAAUAUUUAAUUACACAAAAAUAUUUUCUCAGUCAUUGUAAUAAGGUAUGUAAAAUAUUUUUAUACUAUGUAUUAAAGCAUAAACGAAUACUUAUUAUUCUGAUUUAUAAUGUAAGAUUUAAUUAUACUGCAUUGUGUGUGAAAUGAGAUAUAGUUUAUGUAAUAGUAAUAAAUUUUAUUACAUUUCUCUUCAGUAAACCACCAUAUAGUAUUAAUAAACAUCGCCGUAAAAAUUAUGUGAAAAAUUACUUUAAGUUUUAUUCAUAUUCCUAAACAAUCAGAAGCAUAUGUCUAAACAUAGUUAAUUUGUAUUUGACCAUAAAAGUUCUGUGGAGUAUUAAUUUUUUUCACUAUCAAUAAGAAAAGGAUGGAUUCAAAACUUAAAAUAUAAAUAUUUUUACUUGAAAUCAUGUAUAAAUUUUAGAGACAAUUCAUUUUUUAAUUUCAUGAAAUGCUUUUAUAUUUUACAUCACUUACUUCAAAUAACAGUCAAUCAUUCUAGAAAGUUUAAAUGAUACUGCCAGAGAGAGUUGUAAAAUAUGAAUAUACCAAUGAUUUUAGUUAGCGAAGUAUUGAAAUGUUUAUAUGUUAAAGUUAUGUGUACCAUUGCUUUCUUUGAAAGUAAUAAAUCAAAAUGUUUAUA